ACUACCGGAAGUCCAUUUUUGGGUCUGUCAGAUAAAGUUACAUCUGGUACUAAAACUGGGGAAUUCAUAGUGAAUUAUUCAUAUUGGGGAGCCAAAAUUCAAGCUUAGAUCCUUUUGGAUAUAUAAGGAUCAAUUUAACACUCGUUUUCUUGGAAUUUGUUGAGCCUCCAAAAUGGAUCUCCAGUUCUCCAUCUGCAGCUGGCCUGCUGCUUACUACAUGAGCCAGACUUACUCAUGGGUGAAAGGCAUGUUCUAUGUGAAGCCCAUGGGGCUCUAUUUUGAAGUGCCCCCAAAGAAGAAACACAGGAAAAGGUCGUCAAAAAAGAGAAUCAUGUUUAUGAUUCGUUUCGAACAUGUAAGCAGAGUUGAGAAGAAAAUCGCUAAUCUCAUUUAUCCUGCAAUUGUUGUCUAUGGUGCUAAACAGGAUCGGGAUCGAUAUUGGUUUGCAUCUUUCCCAAAUCGGAAAUCGUCAUAUAACAUGAUUGUUCAUUUCUGGAAGGAGCAUUUGGCCAUGAUUCAACGCGGGGACUCAGUUUCUACUCCAGGGACCAUUAUCAGUAAUAACGAAUACAGUGACAUCGUCUUACACGAUAGUAUGUCUGAGCUUGAUAUUUGGCUCAGUAGAUGGCGAUUUGUUUCUCGACCGAUCACAGAACCAAUCCUACUUGGAAAAGAUGGGAUUCACCAUGCGUAUGUUUUCCCGAUUAUCUAUAACCGGUUUAUUCCGGAUAAGGUGAUGGCUCAGUAUGAGGGAGUCCUCAGGAUUAGCAAUGAAGGUCUGACAAUACUUUCAAACAACCAACACAAGAUAUUUCACUACAAACUGGAGGACAUUACAGAGAUCAGAAUUCUCAACCCCUACCAAAUGAUAAUCUGGAAGAUCAGUGAGCAUGGCUAUACAGAUGUCAGCUACGCUAUCGUCUCCACUAGACUCGUGGAAAUCAUCAAGGUGCUAUACUUCAUCAACUCGUUGAAGAAAAUUGUCAGUACAGGAAUCCUGGCAAUUUACAUAACCUAAGAACCUAUAACUGAAGGAUAUACUAUAUACUCAAGCUUAAUCAACGUGAAAUAGCAUGAGGCUGAAUUGCUGUCGGGGAACUAGAAAUGCAAUAAUGCUCAGAGAUUUUAGGGUUUACUGUCAAACUUUAACAAUAUGAUUUUUUUUUUGGUUAUUUUAUUUGCUGGUUAACCUCUUAACCUGGGAUCACUUUUCCGAAGUUAGCCAACUUAAAUUAAGAUCU